AUGGGUACAGGACGGGGUCUGCAGGAUUCGACGGAGGGAGGCCUGUCCGUGGAGUCUCCUGUCCCAGGACCUCUGAACUUCAGCCUCGAUUCGAGUAGCUCAAGUUCUCUGAACACCAUUCCCCCGUUCGACUUUACGUCGUCCACCACGGAUCACUUCCAGCAACAAUGGCCUCCAACGCCCCCGCCCACACAGCCUUUGGCUCCGCAGAAUCCAGAUUACAGUCCCAACAACAACAGCCCCAACGUCCCCUCCGAGGACUUUGUGCUAUUCCCUGCUCAAUCGACCGCUCGGGAUCCUCGUCCGCAACCCCCUGCGAACGCUGCCCAUAGACUCGCCGCCUAUCAAUCCUACCUGGUCCGUUCCGGGCACCUCCCUCGACGACACUCGACCUGUCUGCCCCAGCAGCAGUUCUCCCCCUCGCCUACUCAGGUACCUCAGGUGACCAGACUGGCCCCGCAGUCUACCGGCUUCCCUCUGUCCUCGUCUCUUCGGUCUAGUCCCUCCAGUCGCAAGCAUCUUUUGCGUCUGCACGCUGCUGCUGUUGCCUCCAACACGGCGCCUGUAAUCCACGCCAAUCGUCCCCCAGUUCCUCUCUUCCACGACAGUUCCGUCAAUUCCCCCUAUCAGAAUCAGCAAGAACAGCUCUCUCGACGUAUCAUGUCGGUUCCGAACAUCGCCAACGACAUGCCUGAACUCUUCGAUUUCUCCGAGCACUUCGAGGACUUCGACUCCACUAUGCUUUCCCCUCACCAGCUCCACACCGGCAUCCUGCCGGCCAAGGAUGGCGCCCCCACGGGCACCAUCUCGCCCAAGGAUCUGCUGAUGGACGCUUCGGCUCCGCCGUCAGCCUCCUUCACCGAUCUCAGCACCCCCUCCUUUGACUCGCCUGGCUAUUUCAGCCAGGACACCUCGCCCAUGUUCGCCACGGACAUGGAGCUAGGCCCGGGUCACGAGGAGUGGGACUCGCUGUUCCCGGCCCAGGAUGGUUUCCCCCUCGCUUUUGACUCCAAGGCCUUCGACCCGGCCACGCUGGACGUCGCUGCGGCUCUCGCGCAACCGACCACGGAUGUCCCCCCAGCAUCCCCGGCUGUGCGAUCCGUCGCGUCCCCUGCGCCCUCCGCUUCCCCUAACCGGGUCACCAAGCCUUCUUCCCUCUCCGGCAUCAACGGCCGUCAGCGCAAGCCCCUCUCUCCCCUCAAGUUCGACACGACCGACCCGGUCGCCGCGAAGCGUGCUCGCAACACGGAAGCCGCUCGCAAGUCGCGCGCUCGCAAGCUCGAGCGCCAGGGAGGGAUGGAGAAGCGCAUCGCCGAGCUGGAGAAGUCUCUCGAGGAGGCCCAACAGCGCGAGCAGUACUGGAAAGCCCUUGCCCAGAGUAAGGCAUAA